AUGAAUAAUCUGAGGAGGAGCGAACGAAAUAAUAGAGGUCAACCUCCGAUACGAUUUCCAAGUCAGAGUAAAAAGGUAACCCGCAUUUCUACUGAGGAGAUAACGUAUAGAGAAGACGACGAUAAAGCUUCAAGUAGAAUGCAGUCCGACAGACAUUACCCCCGACACUCUGAAACUCAGGAAGGAAAUUGUGACACUAAAGACAAAUCCGAUGACAAAUCACACAAUACCAAGACAAGUAAUUCUUCCAAAUCAAGAAUACGGAUUUUAGAAGUUGAGCUACAGACCCAGAAGGAUUUAAUGGUUUUAGAAAAACAAAAGGCAGAAUUACUUCUACAAAUGAAAGAGAAAGAAAUACAUUCAAUGAGAGAAAUAGUCAGAAAAACCAUUGAAUUAGAAAAAGCUAAAUUAUCAGACACAUCAUGUUCAAGUAAAAAAUCUGUUGUAACAUCAGAAAAAAUAUGUCCAGUACAAAAAGUAAAGGAAUGGUUGUAUGAAGAAAAUCCUGUUCAUCAAACUAAUAACUCUAGCGAAAACAUAGCACUACUAACGCAGACCAUAGCAGACGGAGUUAAUGUACUAUCUGGUGUACUGGAAAAUUCCAGACGUAAUAACUCUUCCCAAGAUUUACCAUAUUUCAAUGGGAAAUCUGAAGAAUGGCCUAUUUUCAAAACCGUAUUCGAGAGAACGAAGAAUAAUUAUAGUAAGGAAGAAAAUCUAUCCAGACUUCAAAAAUGUCUCAAAGGGGAAGCUCUCGAGGCUGUUCGACCGCUGUUGAUAUCGUUCGAAAGUACACAUUCUAUUAUGGAAACUUUAGCGAUGAGAUUUGGGCGACCAGAAUUCAUAAUAGAGACAAUUCUCAGAAAAAUUCGUUUCCUGCCAAAUUUGAAAGAAGAUGACCAAGCCAGUUUCAUCAAAUUCGCCACUGAAAUUCAAAAUUUCAGCGCUACAGCAAAAAAUCUCAACAUGGAGAUCUAUCUGAGUAAUCCACAAGUAUUGAGGGAGCUUCUCAAUAAAUUACCCACUCAUUUGAAGUACAAUUGGGCAGUCCAUCUGUCUGGAGUGAAUAAUAUUCGAAUGCCUACUUUGGAUAUAUUUUCUUCGUGGAUCCAAUAUCAAGCUAAAAUUCUGAGUAUAUUUUUACAACCCAAAGCAGAUGACAGCGGACGACAAGAAAACUUCAGCCCCAAAGAACUAAGAAACUCCAACAAUAGACAUGUUCUAAUGCAAGUAACACCAAAAUGCCAAAUUUGUAGUCAAAAUCAUCAAACUUCAAAAUGUAGAGAGAUUUUAGAAAGAAGUAUCGACAGUCGAUGGGAAUUGAUUACAAAGAAGAAGUUGUGUUUCUCUUGUUUUGGACGACACCAAAUUAAAUCUUGUAAGAGGAGGACAAAAUGUGGAAUUAACAAUUGCACAAAAUUCCAUCAUCAUGUUUUACAUAAACAAGAUUCAGAAGCACAAAUCGAGGGUCCGAAUAGCCAACCAUCAUUUUGUUCAACGACUCCUGAGAAAGUUUUGCUUCGGAUUUGUCCAGUUGUUUUAUCCGGAGAGAAAAAUUCAAUCGAAACAUAUGCCUUGCUUGACGACGGGUCUACUGUUUCUCUAAUCGAAGACAACCUUGCAGAAUAUCUGGGAUUAAAUGGAAAGGAAGAUCCAUUGAACAUUUGCUGGACAAAUUCAACAAGUCAUAAAGAUCAAAAUUCUCGUCGAGUGAAACUGAAAAUAAGGGGGCUUUACGAAAACGAAGAAUAUGAAAUCGAUGACGUUCGAACUAUGACUGGUUUCAGUCUGCCAAGCCAGAAUUUCGAUUUCUCGAAGAUGAAAAAUGAAUGGUCUCAUCUGUCUAUUUGUCCGCAAAACUUAUUUUUCAAGAACGACGUUAGGCCAACUAUUUUAUUGGGACAAGAUAACUACCAUCUCAUAAUGCCUAGAAAGAUUUAUGAAGGUCCACCAAAUUCACCAAUUUUAAGCUGGACUAAACUUGGAUGGAUUGUUCACGGGAAAUUUAGAUGCAAAAAGGAUAUUCUCGACAAUUCAAAUUUCAAUUUCUUUUGUUAUCAAGAAUCUGAAAAUGAUUUACAUCGGUUGGUCAAAGAUUCAUUUAAGCUUGAUAACUAUGGAAUUACAAAGCCGAAUUACGAAACUUCAUUAUCACCGAAGGAGGAAAAGGCACUAAAAAUUUUAGAAGAAACAACUGCCUAUACAGGAGAACGUUAUGAAUCUGGACUGUUAUGGGCCACAGAAAACUUCAGAUUUCCUCCCAGUUAUAACAACGCUCUAAGUCGACUUCAUGGAAUAGAACGUAAAUUAGAUCGAGACCCAAUAUUAGCGGAAGAAUACUGUCGAAAAAUAGAUGAAUAUUUAAACAAAAAUUACGUCAAGAAAUUAAGUGUAGAAGAGGCAGCCCAAACACACAAUAGAACUUAUUAUUUGCCACACUUUGGAGUGCGCAAUCCAAAUAAACCUGGAAAAUUGCGUUUAGUGUUCGAUGCUGCAGCAAAAAGUCAUGGAGUAUCCUUGAACGAUGCUUUACUAACUGGACCCGAUCUCUUGAAUUCACUACCAGCGGUCCUCAUGAAAUUUAGACAGCAUGCCAUCGCCUUUGUUGGAGACAUAAAAGAAAUGUUUCAUCAAAUUAACAUAAAAACAGAAGAUGUCGAUUCUCAAAGAUUUCUUUGGCGUGGAAUGGAGAGGCAUAGAAAACCAGACACCUACAUCAUGAAAGCAAUGACUUUUGGAGCAACUUGUUCACCAUCGACUGCCCUUUAUGUGGUGAAAUUGAAUUCCAGAAGAUUUGAAGACCAGUAUCCUGAAGCUAGUAAAGCAAUUUGUACCAAGGAAUACAUGGACGACCAUUUAGACUGCUGUGAAACAAUUGAUAGUGCUAUUAACAGAAUUCAGCAAGUAAUUGAAAUUCAUAAAGCAGGUGGAUUUGUUAUAUGUAAUUGGAUCAGUAAUUCGAAAGAAGUUUUAGACAAUAUCCCUGAAGAUCUCAAAGCCCACAGUGACAAACAGUUGAAUUCAGAUGAUGGCCUCGCUACAGAGAGGAUUUUAGGAAUGUGGUGGGACGCGAAAGCAGAUACGUUUAUUUUUCGAGUUAAUGAAUCAAAAUUUGAAAAUAUUCAUUUAAAAAGUCCAACAAAGAGAGAGAUAUUGAGAGUUGUGAUGAGUAUCUUCGACCCACUAGGACUUGUAUCACCAAUAUUAGUGGCUGGCAGAAUUUUAUUACAAAAUAUUUGGCGUUCAAAUAUUACCUGGGAUGAAUGUCUACCAAGAGAUCUUCAAGCAAAAUGGGAAAUCUGGCUCCAGUUACUAAAUAAUGUGAAGACGUUCAAAAUUUCAAGGUGUUAUUUACCACUCUCAAGCAGUUAUGGAUCUACGGAACUCCACAUAUUCGUUGAUGCCAGUGAAGAAGCCUAUUCAGCAGCAGUUUAUUUGAGAAACGAAAGUGGUCCAAUAAUCUCAGUUUCCCUAAUUAUAUCGAAAAAUCGCGUUGCCCCCCUGAAAGGAAUUUCAAUACCACGUCUGGAACUUCAGGCAGCUGUGCUUGGAUCUCGGCUUGCUGAAGCAGUUCAAAAUUCCCUGGAAGUAGAAAUAAAAGGAAGAAUGUUUUGGUCUGAUUCCCAGUCUGUUCUUCAUUGGAUAAAAUCCGACUCCAAAAAAUAUAAACAAUUUGUAGCGAACAGAAUCACAGAAAUCCAUGAUCUCACAAGACCCGAUGAGUGGAAAUGGAUAUCGACUGACUUGAAUCCUGCCGACCUAGCGACUCGUUUCUGCAAGAAAAAAUUUCUAACAUUGAAUUCAUUAUGCUUAGAAGGUCCACCAUUCUUGAAAAACUGUAAAUCCGAAUGGCCAGACCAACCUCCUAUAUUUUUGAAUCAUAAGUCUGAUUUAGAACUGAAGAAGGAGUAUGUGAAUGUUCAUAUGGAGAAUUGCAUCUGGAUUAUCUGCUUGAAAUCUCACUGGAGGAAAAGACUCCUGUCCAGACGUCGGUGA